GGAGACCUACAAGAAAGAGUUUGACUGAGAACACUUCCCUACGAAAACUGGACCCCUACGUGGAUGAGGACGGUCUUCUACGGAUAGGAGGAAGACUCAAGCACGCAGCUCUCGACACAAACGAACAGUUUCCAAUCAUCGUUCCAACUCGCAGUCACGUCGCGACGCUCCUUGUGAGACACUACCACGAGAAGGUCAAGCACCAGGGCCGAGUCUUCACCGAGGGAUCCAUCCGAGCAGCGGGAUACUGGAUCGUGGGAGCCAAACGGUGCAUCAACAACAUCCUCCACAAAUGCGUGACCUGUAAUAAGCUUCGCGGGAAGAUACGUGUUCAGAAGAUGGCAGAUCUCCCUGCCGACCGUUUGAGCUCGGAACCACCCUUUACUUACGUGGGACUUGAUGUGUUCGGGCCCUGGGCUGUCACCACGCGACGUACCCGCGGUGGCCAGGCAAAUAGCAAACGAUGGGCGGUCCUCUUCACCUGCAUGAGCACACGCGCUGUGCACAUUGAGCUCAUUGAGGCGAUGGACACAUCCUCCUUCAUCAACGCCUUGCGACGGUUUUUGGCGAUGCGAGGACCAGUGAAACAGAUUCGGUCGGAUUGUGGGACAAAUUUUAAAGGCACGAGCAAAGAACUGCACAUGUUGGCCACAGACCCCGAAGAACCUAACGUCAACAAGUACUUGGGGGAACAAGGAUGCACGUGGAUCUUUAACCCUCCACACUCCUCUCACAUGGGAGGAGCGUGGGAACGCAUGAUCGGAGUCUCCAGACGGAUCCUUGACUCCAUGCUACAGGAAAAUCACCAGUCACGCCUCACGCAUGAGGUAUUGUCAACCUUGAUGGCUGAGGUAACUGCAAUCAUCAAUGCCAGACCCCUCGCACCAAUAUCCUCUGAUCCAGAGUCUCCUUUCCUGCAACCCCUGCAUCGUUGCUGACGCAGAAGAUGUACCAUCUCCCUGCUCCUCCAGGAGCCUUUGACAAGAAAGACCUCCAUCGCCAACAAUGGAGACAAGUUCAACAUCUUGCCAACGUCUUCUGGAACAGAUGGUGAUGCGAGUACCUUCCCACGCUACAGACGCGCAGCAAGUGGCAGGAUGUCAGACCUAACGUCAAGGAAGGUGACCUAGUGUUGCUUAAGGACAAUCAAACCAAUAGAAAUGAAUGGCCACUUGCAGUCGUGAC